AUGGCUACUGUCGACCAGAAAGUCCCCAAAGCCAGCCCAGCUAAUACGAACCUUGCAGUUGUCAUCGAUGGCUGGGGUGUUGCAGGCCCCAACUCCCCACCCCAGGGAGAUGCCAUCGCUGCCGCCGAGACCCCGCAUAUGUCCGGCUUCGCCGAGGCCAACUCCAAGACCGCCCAGGGUUACUCUGAGCUCGAUGCCUGCUCCCUCGCUGUUGGUCUCCCCGAGGGCCUGAUGGGCAACAGUGAAGUCGGUCACUUGAACAUCGGUGCCGGCCGUGUUGUCUGGCAGGACAGUGUCCGCAUUGACCAGACCCUCAAGAAGGGUGAGAUGGGCAAGGUUCCCAGCGUGGUCAAGUCCUUCACCCGUGCUAAGGAAGGCAAUGGACGUCUGCACCUUCUGGGUCUGGUCUCCGACGGUGGUGUUCACUCGAACAUCACCCACCUGUUUGCCUUGCUCGAUGUCGCCAAGGAGAUGAAGAUCCCCGAGGUCUACAUUCACUUCUUCGCUGAUGGUCGUGACACCGACCCCAAGAGCGCUGACAAGUUCAUGCAGCAGCUGCUCGAGAAGACCAAGCAGAUUGGUCUCGGUGCUGUUGCCACCGUCGUCGGUCGCUACUACAUCAUGGACCGCGACAAGCGCUGGGAGCGUGUUGAGGUCGGCCUCAAGGGUCUGGUUACCGGUGAGGGCGAGGACAGCUCGGACCCUCUCCAGACCAUCAAGGAGCGCUACGAGAAGAAGGAGAACGACGAGUUCUUGAAGCCUAUCAUUGUUGGCGGCAAGGAGCGCCGUAUCCAGGAUGACGAUACCCUCUUCUUCUUCAACUACCGCUCUGACCGUGUUCGUGAAAUCACCCAGCUGCUGGGUGAUUACGACCGUUCUCCCCGCCCUGACUUCCCCUACCCCAAGAACACCUCCCUCACCACCAUGACUCAGUACAAGACCGAUUACACCUUCGAUGUUGCCUUCCCCCCUCAGCACAUGGGUAACGUUCUGGCCGAGUGGCUCGGCAAGAAGAACCUCAAGCAGUGCCACAUUGCUGAGACCGAGAAGUACGCUCACGUCACUUUCUUCUUCAACGGUGGUAUCGAGAAGGACUUCCCCGGCGAGACCCGUGACAUGAUCCCCUCGCCCAAGGUUGCUACCUACGAUCUUGACCCCAAGAUGAGCGCUGCCGCUGUUGGCACCAAGAUGUCUGAGCGUCUUAGCGAGAACAACUUUGACUUUGUCAUGAACAACUUCGCUCCUCCCGAUAUGGUUGGCCACACUGGCGUGUACGAGGCCGCUAUCCAGGGUGUUGCUGCCACUGAUAAGGCUAUUGGUGAGAUCUACGAGUCCUGCAAGAAGAACAACUACGUUCUCUUCAUCACCGCCGACCACGGAAACGCCGAGGAGAUGAUCAACGAGAAGGGCACCCCCAAGACCUCUCACACUCUCAACAAGGUUCCCUUCGUCAUGGCCAACGCCCCCGAGAGCUGGAGCCUCAAGAAGGGUGGUGUCUUGGGUGACGUUGCGCCCACUGUUCUGGCCGCUAUGGGCAUUGAGCAGCCCGAGGAAAUGACCGGCGAGAACUUGCUCGUCAAGGCCUAA